AUGGGAGUAACAUAAUCUAGUUAAAAUGAUCAUUUAGAAAAGUAUUUGGGUUAAGACUUUCCAGAUGGGGAAAUAUUAAUUGGAUUCGAAAAUCCAAGUAACAUUUGUUACUCAAAUGUAAUAUUGUAGGCAUUGUAUUAUUGCAAAGACUUUAGGAAUUACAUUUUAUAGCAUUAAAACUCAAUAAAUCAGAAUAAUUUGUUAGAUUUAACGAAGUUGUUGUUCCAAUCAAUAUCAAAUCAUAAAUAGAGGACUGGAGUAAUUUCAACAAAGAAAAUGAUGAAUUACAUCAAAACAAAAAAUAAAAUAUUUGAUGGAAAAUAUCAUUAAGAUUCCCAUGAAUUUUAUAUGUGGUUUAUCAAUGAAUGCGAUGAAUUAUUAAAGGAUAAACAAAAUAAUUGGAUUCGAUAAAUAUUUUAGGGAUAGUAAUUAACAUAAACAGAAUGUUUAAAUUGCCAUACAAUCUCUUAAAGAGAAGAAAUGUAUUGUGAUUUGUCUUUAGACUUAUUUCCAAAUUAUAGUUUGAACACAUGUUUGUAAUAAAUGUCAAAAGAGGAAUAAUUAAAUGGACAGAAUCAAUUUUUUUGUGAUAAAUGCCAAUCAAAAUAGGAUGCAUCUAAAAGAUUGUUGUUGAAUACUUUACCUAAUGUUUUAGUAAUCCAUUUGAAAAGAUUUAAAUAUGAUGAAAGAUGCGGUCAGAUGAUUAAAGUGUCAACAAAGAUUCCAUUUUCAUAAUAAUUAAGAAUAAAGGCUCAGAAGUAGACUAAGACUUACGAAUUGACUACAAUUAUUAUUCAUUUGGGUCAAGGCAUAUUGUACGGACAUUAUAUUUGCAUAACAAAAAUAUAAGGAAAGUGGUUUAAAUUUGAUGAUGAUAAAAUAUCUUUAUUUGUUGAUUAAGAUCUACAUUAUGUUUAUGGAAGAAGUUAUCCAACACAAGCUCAAACAUGUGCAUAUAUGUUGUUUUAUAAUGCAUAAUGA